UGAACUAAGGACUUUCAAUAUGGGGGCAAAGGACUCUAGCAUGUCUCACACUGGAGUCCAGGGCAGCAUUGGCAGCCACCCAGGCAUGGGAAUAAACAGGCACAAAAUGUACCUCUUUGAGUUUGAGAACUUCCAGGGCCGUAGAAUGGAGCUGAACGGAGAGUGUCGUAACCUGAGUGAGAAGGGUUUCGAAAGGAUUGGCUCCAUCAGGGUGGAGUGUGGACCUUGGGUGGGCUAUGAGCAGCAGAAUAUGUCUGGGGAGAUGUUCAUGAUGGAGAAGGGAGAGUACCCUCGCUGGGACACCUGGUCCAACAGCUACAGGUGUGACAGUUUCAUGUCGGUUAGGCCGGUCCGCAUGGACCCCCAGGACCACAAGAUCUGCCUCUUUGAGUGCAUGAACUUUGAGGGCCGCAAGAUGGAGGUGUGUGACGAGGACAUUCCUAGCCUGUGGUCCUACGGCUUCCAGGACCAUGUGGGCAGCAUCCAGGUCACUGGUGGAACGUGGGUGGGUUACCAAUACCCCGGUUACAGAGGUUUCCAGUACGUGUUUGAGAUGGGACCCUUCAAGCACUGGAAUGAGUGGGGCGCCCACCAUCCCCAGAUCCAGUCAAUCCGCAGGGUCAGGGACAUGCAGACACAUCGCAGGGGCUGCUUUGAGAUGACCGCCUAGAGAGGGGCACUAGGCAGGCAACCGUCAGCUAUAGCUGGUGUAUGUUGGGUGGGGCUGGUCCUGGAGCUUACCACCUUUUCCAGCUUCAUCGGUAGCCACUUAGCCAGACAAUGCUAUUGGAUAAUGAAAUCUUUUGCUCCAUCUCUAUAACUUUUACUGGUAAAAUUAAGUCAUGUGCUUAUGAGCCUUCAUCCACCAACAUUGAAUACACUACACUGCCUAUUGUAUGGGCUGCCUUCCUCAAUGCCUGAAUGAUACCUGUCAAAGUGAUAGCCAUGCUGUCCUGAAACCUGGUAAACCUACGGUACAGUUGCAUUAUGGUAUUCAU